UUAGGGGUGGGUUAAGAGGUUUUAGAGAUAAGGGGGAGCAAGACCAUGGAGGACAUGAAGGUGAAGACCAGGAUCUUGAACUCUGUGUGACGGGCAGCCAGUGGACAGAAUCCACCGUUUCUUGAUAUGCAAUGAUAAAAGCUUUUACAACCUGUGGUAUUAGUGACACAUGGUGUAUUUAUUAACUACAGAGGAACAUUGUUUUCAGUAACACAUGGUAUAAUACUGCUCUGGGAUUGGCCCCAACGUGUUGCUGCCCCCACCUCCUAAAUUGAUGCCAGUAUUUGGCCAAUGGCUGAUGGAAGAGUGUUUGAAGUAGCCAGGCAGAGUAAUUAAACUUGUUGAGCCCCUGAGUACAAGAGGAGCGGGAAUGUGUUACUGGCUGCUUCCCCUGCCGUCUCCUGCGUUCUGUGCUGCAGCAUAAAAAACCGCCUAGUCUGAGAAUCUCAAUGAGCUCAGGAGAUGAGAGAGUACCAGCACAGAGAGCAGGCUGACUCUCAGCGCAUCCUCACACCCGAGGAGGAGCACCCGGCUCUCGAGCAGUUUGUGUGUCAGAAAAAACCCAAGAAGGAGAAGGGUCGGCCCACAGACAAUAAGAUGCUGGCUGGCUCCCAACCCCCGCUCAGAGCGUCGAAGAACUCCAGCCCCAGCAAGCACUUAAAGAGCCCCGCCUCACCUGCACUGAUGUCGCACAGCCCAGGAGCUCUCCACCCGGCCAGUGCCAAACCCAGGGGCUUGAAGAGCCCCCCACCGAGCGACUCACCAAGGUUCCCCGACAAUAGCUCAAAGGUGAAGCACGAGGGGGAAAGCCGGACACCGCCCACUCCCAAUCCAAUGCACUCGGACACUAAGCUGGGCACCCAGGGCAAGCCCGUCAGCACCAGCACCCAGCCUGCGGCUGGCACCCAGGGGACACUGUGUGGCGUGGCAUCAAAGGUCACCCCUGCCACUGGACAGGGUGGCAAAGCCAACCAGAUCUCUCCUGGAAACACAGGGCUAAAGGGCAGUCAAAUCCUGACAUCGGGUCUCGGAGCAUUGAAGGGGAAAGUCAAACGAGAGAGGAGCGUCUCCGUAGAUUCCAACCCGCGGGAGACGGCUUUGCCGGUGGUAGAUCCAGAAUCUAAAGCAGACGGAGCCCCUCGCAGCAAACGCCGCUGUGUGUUGGAGCGCAAGCAGCCGUACAGCGGGGACGAGUGGUACUCUGGCCCCGACAGUGAGGAAGAGGAGAAGCCUCGGCACGCCCCACAGAGUGAGACCAUCUUCCCGUUCCGCUACAGCGAUCGGUCACAGAAAGAUUGUAAUGUUGGGGAUGCCACCCUGUCAGUGAAUUCACAGCCAGCUCCUGGAUCAAAUGCCCUCCCCAAGAUCAACGAAAACUCAUCUUCCAGUGUCUCCCACAAGCCGCCUGGGGGGCCGGGACUGCGGCUGGAUAGCAAACCCGGCACCGCCGGCAAGCCACCCUCCCAGUUUGUCUACGUCUUCACAACCAAUCUCGCCAACAUGGCGGCCGAGGCUGUGAUCCAGGGCCGAGCGGAUUCCAUUGUUGCCUACCACUCGCAUAAUGUGCCACGUACCAAACUGGAACAUGUAUAUGACCCUAAGGCGUCCUGCCCCCCUCAGAAAGGAGCGGGGCCACAGGAGCAGCUGUCGAUCAGUACCUCAGCCAGUGCUCCCCAGUCCCAGCAAUCAGGGCUGCAGCCCCCAAACCUGCUGCCCCAGGAGGGGCUACCUGAGGACAUGCACUCGGAGAUCAGAGUCAAACCCAUGGAGACCAGUGGCACAGCAGCCAGUGCGAUGCAGGCGGAUGCAGGGAACGCACUUGGUGUGAGCAUGGUGUGUGUGAGCGGAGACGGUUCAAAUGGGACUGCCCCACCGGGGAUGAAUCUCCGUGCUCACAUGACUACACAAGGGUUGUCCAAAGAGCAGUUGGAGCACAGGGAGCGGUCACUGCAGACGCUCAGGGACAUCGAGAGGCUUUUGCUCAGGAGCACUGAGACUGACUUUGCCAUGAAAGGCACGUAUCCUCCUAAUGGACAAGGGGAUGGGCAGCAGGGGCUGAAGAAGCCAGAGGAGCCUCUGCAGUCUAUGAUUGUCCAGGCACAGACCCUGGGAGUAGUUGGAGGCACCAAUGCAGAUCACGAUCCAAUGCACCACCCAGAUGUGCUGCAUGACCCAAUGGCACAAGCCGCUAUGAUGAUGAAUCCAAUCAACCCUGAUAAUCCUACUCCGGAACAGAUGGCUUGGAGGAAGCUCCAGGAAGAUUUCUACGAAGAGAAAAGGAGAAAACAGGAGCAGGCUGUGGUCCAUCAGAGAACAAUGCAGGAAAUGAUGAUGCAAAGGCCAAUGGCAAUGGUGCGAGGGCCCCCCCCUCCCUACCACAGCAAGGCUGGAGAACAGUGGCCACCAGCAGUGGGAAGUCGCUUUGCCGGUCCUAUCCAAGUCCCCGAAUCCAUGCAGCCCAGAGGGAAGCCACCUUUCCCAGGGCCGAGGUUCCCUGGCAAUCAGAUGCAGAGGGUGGGUGGGUAUGGGGGGAUGCAGAAUAUCCCAAUGGAUGCUCUGACGUCUCUGAAUCCAAUGCAGCGGUCUGUCCGACCUGGAAUGACUUGGCCGGAUGAGAUGUCACCAAUGGGUGGCAGUGGGAGUUUCCCUCAGGGCGGCAUGUCUUACCCUCCCGGCCAAGGGGAUCCUGAAAGGUUUCUGAAUCCCAGAGUUAGGGAAGAGUUGAUGAGGCAGCAGUUAAUGGAGAAGAGAUCAAUAGGGAUGCAACGGGCUCUAGGGAUGGCAAAUGCCAACAGCAUGGAGAUGGAACAAAUGAUUCAGAGACAAAUGGACGCUGCAGUGAUGCCAAAUAUGUUUUCUGGCCAAAUGCCUGGAGACAAUCUGAGUGCAAACUCAAUGGGGUUGGACUUUGUGGCCUCCAGGGGUAUGUUGAGUCCUCCCCUGGGACAGGCUGGACCCAUGCGUGAUAUGGACACAUCGAUGGGGCCGAGCCACGUCAAUAUGAACAUGAAUGUAAAUAUGAACAUGAAUCUGAAUGUCCAGAUGACGCCACAGCAGCAAAUGAUGAUGUCACAAAAGCUGAGGGCUCAGGAAAUGAUGAGUCACCAGGGCGUCACCCCAGAGGACCUGGCGCGGGUCAGGGCACAGAACGGUGGGGGCCUGAUGGGGGAUCCUCAAAAACUGAUGAUGCAAUCGCAAUUCCCAAAUCAUGAACAAUCGGGCUUUCCUCCGGGUCAGGGACAAUAUUCCAACAUGUCUCAGGAAGUGAAUAAUGUGGGAAAUCACGGAGAGAUGUUCAGUCCUGAGCAAUGCCCGAUGCCGAUGGGAGGUAUGGCUGGCACUGGCCGACUCAGCCACAUGCAGGUGCCUCCAGCAUCAGGGCAGCCUGUGAGCCAUGGGAACAUGCUCCCAGGUACCCAACGGGGGCCGGGUCGCAGGCCGUCCGACCUCACCAUCAGCAUCAACCAGAUGGGCUCUCCUAGCAUGGGUCAUCUCAAGUCUCCCACCAUCAGCCAGGUUCAUUCUCCUCUGGUCAGUUCACCUUCCGCCAACUUAAAGUCCCCACAAACACCGUCGCAGCUGGUGAACAUGUCGUCAACCAACCCUUCCGGUCCCAUCAAGUCUCCUCAAGUCUUGAGCUCCUCCCUCCCUGUCCGUUCUCCUACCAGUUCCCCGAGUCGACUUAAGUCUCCGUCAAUGCCCGUUGGCUCACCAGGGUGGGUUCCCUCCCCCAAGACCACUCUCUCAAGCCCAGUCAUGAAUCCAGGCAAACAGACCAUUGGGAUGAAUCCUGCUCACAUGGGGACUAUUGAACAAGGCUCUAUCCCCUCGAACAUGCGUGGUAAUCCCACAGCACCCAAUCUGGGGGGCAAGGGGAUCAACCCCAGUAUGCCUUACACCUCCUCGCCAGACCCCACGCCUUCCCAGAACCCCCUAACUCUCAUGAUGUCGCAGAUGUCCAAGUACGCCAUGCCCAGCUCCACACCACUCUACCAUGAUGCCAUCAAAACCAUCGCCACCUCCGAUGACGAGAUGAUGCCAGAGAGGACAGUGGCCAUGAUGUCCUCCACAGGCCCUCAGAAUGCUCCGAACCCGCAGCUACACCUGCAGCCCCAGAGUGUGGUGGGGCCCGCAUCCGCUCACAGCCCCAUGGGGCUGAGCGUGGUGUCAGGGCAGCACCCCCUCUCCCACGAUCCCCCGGUCUCCAUGGUCCCAUCCCCCAGCCUGCACGAGGGGGUGCAGAACCCCAUGGAGCUGGGGCCGGGGUGCGGCCCUCUGCCCGGUGGGGCCCAGAUGCUACCUCAGAAUCCCAUGUCCCUUCAGCGGCUGCAGCAGCAAGUCCACAACGCCAUGCAGUCACCAAACCCCGGGCUGCGGAUGGGCCUGGGGGGUGGGGGUCUGUACGACGAUGGUGGGCCAGCGCCCCCUGGAGGAUCGGCACCACCACAACAGCACAUGAUGAGUAAAAGCGUGGACGGCUACACCCCCGUGCUCCCUGGAGUGGCUUCCGUGCUGAACGACCCGGAACUUCAGGAUGUGAUCCGUCCGUCUCCCAGCGGCAUUCCAGAGUUUAAUCUCUCUCGCAUCAUUCCGUCCGAGAGACCCAGCAGCACACUGCAGUACUUCCCCAAGAGCGACUCCGCACAGCUGGUCAAACCACACACUUCCAACCCCCACCUUAUGAACCUUCAGAGCAUGAUGGUCGAGCAGGCGGCCGGCCGGCUGUGCGUGGGGCCACCCGGUAUGUCUGGGCAGCAGGUUGCACAGAGAGGCCUCAACAUGCACAUGUGCCACGUCGGACAGGUACCCGGGCCCUUGAUUGGCAGGACAGGCAUGCCAGCUCAGCAGGGUCUGAUGGGCAGCGGACUACACCAGGGCAUCAUGUCCCAGCAGCAGAACAUGUUAAACCAACAGAACCUGAUGCUGAUGCAAGCCAAACAGAGGAGCCUAUCGGUUUCGGGCGACAUGUACGGACAGUCAGGGCACAUGCUGCCCCCCCAGGUGGGCAUGCUCGGACCCUCGCCCCACAUGAUGCUGCCCCAGCAGGUGCUCAGGCAGAGGAGCAUGUCGCUGGACACGCCCAUGAACUAUAUCACAGGAACCUCUAAUCUCGCCAACUUGCCCUUCUAGCCAUCUGUGGAUCUCGUCGAGUUUAUGCAAAGUCCAGGGAAGGGGGAGGGGAGGGCGGAGAAGAAAUAAUUUUAUUAUGAGAACGAGACUGGUAACAGCCUGACUAACUAGACAGACAGAAGGGAAGAAAAUGUCAAAGAUUAUUUUUUAACAGAGAGAAAUUGCCGCAGCCCAAGACUUCCAGACAACCUGCUUUUGGUUUUGUUUCAGUUUGUUUGGUUUCUCUCCACCUCCGUGAGGGGUGGGGGUAUGGGAUAUUUGCUGUACAUAUUCAGCCUCAAUCUCUGAUUGUUUUUAAGGUUCUGUAACUGUGUUUUUUCCUGGCGAGAAUCCUCUGGAACUGUUGACUGGGUGGGGGGUGGCAGGGGAGAUGACGCAUUAGGCUCCUGGGCAACGCUCCCCUCUCUGUCUCUGUCCUCUCCACCCCUCACCCCCCACCCAUGCUCUGCCAUGUUUUGGAGUUUGCUAAUGUCCGAGGUGAGAAUACACUCUGGCCAAGAGACCGUAGGGUGGGACGAGGAGAGGGAGAACGUGGAUUAAUUGCGGCUCAGGAGUGGGGAUUGAGUGGGUACAGUGACUAGGUCUGUAGUCUUGACGAUAUCAGUGUGAGGAGGUGGCAAACCUGGCUCCUGCCUGACACCCCCCCCCACCCCCCUCCUGUGGGUGCUCUCCCCAUUGUCCCAGAAGGGUCACCGUGUGGGAGGGGGAGGGAGAUUGGGUUUUUAUUGACCUCAGACUAUGUAGAACUGGUCUCAAAAAAACCCUCUAUUUAAACAAAUGCUUCCUGCACCUCCAAACGGCAUGAACCCCUCUGGCCAGGGUAACCGGCUGCCAUGGAUGUACAUCCACAGUGACUGAUUGUUGGCUGCACAGGUGUCAUGUGAUGGAGCAGAUCUUUUGGGCAGGUGGGUGGAGAGCAUUGGGUGCCAAGUCUGGCCUGUAAUGAUUACGUGUUGGUCACGCCAGACCCUGUUCACCCUACAGUAUUCUGGUCACCUCCAGGCAGCAAUUAGUUCAGGAGCAGAUAGCCUGGUUUGUGCUUUGCCUCAGUGCCCAUCCAUCUCCAACGUUAGCAGAUAAUGUUUCCAGUCAACAGGUGAAGCGUGAACCAAGUUGUGUCCAGAAAAUCUUGUUUGAACAAAUCCUAACUUCCAGGAGCUGUGGAUUCCUGCACAGAACCUGUGUUUUAUUCAAUCCACGACUGUUUGUGGGACACUGCUGUGCGCAAUUGGCUGCUGCGUUUCAUCAACACCAGCGCACUGUUGAUGGCCUGUUUUAUAGAGUCAUCCCAUUUUGCAGUAUGUUCUGUGAAGCGCUUUGAGGAUGGCUCAACAUGGUGAUCAGGCGCUAUAUCAAAUGCAAGGAUUAUUCUGGGUUCCUGGGGGUGAGGUGCUGGACUUUUCCAAACUAUUGGUCCGUGUUUGCCUCGGUGGAGCUGGGAGGGCUAAGCGGCGAGUCUUGCUCCUGCAGCCUUCUCAGGUUUGACAGCGGCUGAGUGGCACAGGACCAAACUCCCAGCUUCCAGGAUUGAUGGCUUUGGAGCUGUGCGUUCUCCUCCUGAGCCCUGACCUCAUUGGGGUUGUGUUGGGUCCUGCCCUGGCUUCAGGUGCAAAAAACAGUCACUGUGUGCAAUGCCUGCUCCUGUCUAUCUGGCAUCACCUCCAUUCCAUUCUUUUCCCCCUUCUUCAAGGGGUCUCCAAUCGGUAAGAUGCCUUUUUCCACACCUUUUUCCGCCGUGAGGAAAGGCACAGAAGGAAUGCAAGUGGGCAGGUUAGUACAGUUUAGCUGCACUUCAGGGCAUCAUAGGUGCAGAGCCAGGUGUCGGGAACCGGUGAAACCUGCCCUUCAGAGGCUUUCACUCUCCUGCCUCCAAACGGGCCUGGCACACCUCGGUGGAGCUGGCAGUGGCCAGUUGCUCUCGCUCAGCACAGGUCUAACUCACAGUGCGUUCUGAACGUUUUCUUUUGCACCUUUUGGUACAGAUGCUGGUUUUUGUUUUUCUUUAUAUAAUAACAGCCAUUGAUAAAAUAAAUC